CCUCUAUCACACCUGGUCACCUGAUGACCGAGAGCCUUCACCGCAGCCUGGGAAUAUGCAGCACAAAGGUUUAGCCGACAGCUCUGAACGCACUGGGCAGAUUUAACUGGACAGCGCCACAGAAUCCAGGAUUUAAAACGCCGCCACACAGGAUGAGUCGGGCCUGAUGAUGACGAUGAUGAUGGACCCUGGCGCCAACGACUCCGAGGGGACAUUUGGGCUGCCGCCCGUCAACCAGACGGACCUGAUCGCCACCUUCUCGGGCACGCAGCUCCUGCUGCGCUUCAAGCCGCUCUUCAUCGCCCUGUACGGUGCCGUGGUGAUGGUGGCGGCCGUGGGCAACGCCUUCCUGCUGGCGUGCAUCGUGGCGGACAGGAAGCUGCACAACGCCACCAACUUCUUCAUCGGGAACCUGGCGGCGGGCGACCUGCUGAUGUGCCUGAGCUGCGGGCCACUCACCGCCUCGUACGCCUUCCACCCGCACGGCUGGGUGUUCGGGCGCCCACUCUGCCACUUGGUGUCCCUGAUACAGGGUGCCACGGUCUUCGCCUCCGUGCUGUCCCUCACGGCCAUCGCCAUGGACCGCUACGUGGUGGUGGCGUACCCGGUGCGGCGGCGCAUCUCCAUGUGCGGCUGCAGCGCGGUGGCCGUGGUCAUCUGGCUCCUGGCGCUCGCCCUGGCCGCGCCGCCCGCCCUCCAGGUGAGCCUGCUGGACCUGCGGCCCGGCGGCAUGGACUUCCUGGUGUGCGAGGAGUUCUGGGAGCCCGGCGGCCUGCGCCUGGUCUACUCCUGCUUCAUCCUGCUGGCCACGUACAUGAUCCCGCUGCUGGCGGUCAGCGUCUCGUACUGCGCCAUCAGCCUCCACCUGCGGCGCCACGCGAUGCCCGGCGAGCCGUGCCAGCCGUGCCACGGGCGGCAGCAGCAACGCUGGAGCCAGCGGCGUCGGCGGACCUUCUCGCUGCUGGUGGCCUCCGUGCUCGCUUUCGCCCUCUGCUGGCUGCCUCUGCAGGUGCUCAACCUGCUGGUGGACCUGGACGGCGACUUCCGCUUCGUGGACAAGCACUACCUGAACGUGCUGCAGGUGAGCUGCCACCUGGUGGCCAUGAGCUCGGCCUGCUACAACCCCUUCAUCUACGCCUCGCUGCACAGCAAGAUGCGGCUGCACCUCCGCCGCUACCUGUGGCCGUGCAGGGACGGUGGAGGGAUGACGUUGUUGUCGCGCUGCACCUCACGGAACCCCAACAACUGCCUGAGUCUGAUGUCGGAAGCAUCUGCCAAGGAGAACCAACACAUGGGGGGACCGCAUCCACCUGUUCAGGACGACCCAGACAGCUCUAUUUGA